AUGAUCGAAACUCCAAUAACAAUAACGAAAACAAUUUUAUUAAUUGGACAAACCGGAAGCGGAAAGUCCACAAUCGCAAAUGUAAUCAGUAAUACCAAUCAUUUUAAAGAAAGUCAAUACGGUGUGUCGGAAACACAAGAUAUCCAAAUUGAAAGCUGCAUGUUGCAAGAUGAAAACUUGGAAUUGCGGAUCAUUGAUACCAUUGGUAUCAAUGAUACCCGAUUCAGCGAGAAAGUAGUGUUGUCAAAAAUUGCUGAGGCCGCCGAUAUGGUCAAAGGCGGGUUAAAUCAAAUUUUCUUUAUUACGAAUGGUCGGUUCACGGAAACAGAAAUUCAAGUGUAUACUUUACUUCGAACAGUCUUCUUCGCCGAAGACAUCGGGAAAUAUACAACAAUUGUUCGAACAAAGUUCCCGGGUUUCAGGAACCAUUCUAAAUGCAAAGAAGAUGAAGAAAGAAUGGUUGCCGAAAACGAAAAUGUUGCAGAGAUCAUUAGAAGCUGCCACAAAUUUAUACAUGUCAAUAAUCUGACCGAAGAAGAAGAGCUUCAAUUAACCUCGAGGAUUGAAUGUCGAGACAUAUUGAUAAAGCAUCUAAUUCACAAUUGCAAAGAUAUUUAUAAACCAAAAAAUUUAGAUGAAUUAAAUGAGAGAAUUGAAGAUCAUAUGACAUUUAAAAAGCUAAUGCGAGAGGAGGUUUAUGACAUCAAGGAAAAAUUGAAACAAUUGGAAGAAAGAGCGCAAAAAGCGCAAAAAUCAACUGAUGAGGCGAGAGAAUUAGAAGACAAGUUGCGACGCGAAUUUGAGAAGCAGUUACAUGAAAAGGAAGCAUCCAUGCGAAUGUGUAACGAAAACAUUAUUAAAACCAUGACCGAUCAAAUAAGAGAAAAGGAGAAGACAGUUCAAGACAUGGAGAAGAAGGUUCAAGACAUGGAGAAGAAAGUUCAAGAAAAAUGCAAUAUAUUGUAA